AUGGACACACUUUUGGCCCGUUCACUACGCGCACGACCCAAACACGCACACAUCACAACUAUCAAGGACAGUAGAGGCCACACAAAAACAGCACCAGCAGAAAUAGCAACAGUCUUCACAGACUUCUACAAAACACUAUACAACCACUUUCCUCAGGACAACAACAACACGCCAGACCUACUAGAGGCCCUACACACACACCUGAACAAACUAAACCUGACGAAACUACACCCAACCGCAAAAACGACCCUAGGCAACGAGAUUACAGCAGAUGAGAUAGGCCGGGCAAUCACACGCCUUAAGGGACACAAAGCCCCUAGACCAGAUGGAUUCGAGGGAGGUUAUUACAAAACCUACAGACUGGAACUAACACCGCACAUGCUAAAAUGGUAUAACCAUCUAAUGGGGGUGGGGGGUGCAACCUGA